GUCAAAGUGAAGAGCAGGACGGCGUUCAGCACCGCGGAGAGCGGCGUGGCCCAGCGACGUGAGUCCGGUAACAGUAUAUGAAUCGUAUUGCAGUCUGGUCUUCAAUUGCCCAGGAACAACUUACCCAAUGGAGGGCAAAGUUAUGAUUGUUCCUCCAUGAACCAAUUACAUUAUUGUGAAAACGCUGAAGGAGGAUUACUGCUGAUAGUAGUACUACAAUGGGAUUUCGUAUUAGCUCCAUGUCUGGGACAGAACUGAAAAGCACCAGAUUUCAGACGGGUGCAGAGGAGGAAAGACAGUAUCGCACAGCACCCAAUUACAACUAUAAAUGGACUGAUCUACACUGUGAGGCAAGCCGAGGCAACCUUGAAAAGCUUGAAGCCUUGCUCCGUGUUGCAGGUGAGCAGCAGAUCAAUAAGAAGGAUUACUAUGGCAAGAGCCCCCUCUACUGGGCUGCCUAUAAAGGGCAGCGAGCUUGCAUCGAGUUACUACUGGAAUAUGGUGCAGAUGCCAACAGUCAGUGCAAGCAUGGGGCGACGCCUCUCCACGCAGUAAUUGGGCUCUUUCCUGACUGUGCUCUGCUGCUGAUACAGAAUGGAGCAGAUGUAGAUCUUCCUGACAACUGGGGAGUGACACCGAUGUACCUGGCUGCCUGCAGUGGACAGCUUGACUGUUUGCGGCUUCUUGUUCUAUCUGGAGCAAAAAUCACCUAUAGGAAUAAGAACACUGGCGAGGCCCCCAAGCAAUUGGCUUCCAAGACCAGCUUCCUGUCCUGGAUAGAUGGAUAUCGGAAGAACCCACCAUCACUGAAGCAAGCAUGCAGGCUGAAAAUCCGUGAGAUUAUUGGGUAUCGGAGGCUGCAUGCCAUCAGAACAUUUCACAUCCCUCAGUCCCUGAAAAAUUACCUUAUGUUUAAGGACCUCACACUGGAAGAUUCUACAUCAGUACUUGGUUUUUUGUAACUACAGAAGCUCCCAUUCUCAACAUCCAGCGUUACGUUUCAGAUACCCUGAUGUCAGGAUCUCUGACAUUUAAAGUGCCUGUACACUGCUGCUUCAGCUCAGAGCUUGUGAGAUUCCAUCAUAGCAUGUUGCUGAGAAGGCCAUGCUUUAAUUACUUGAUGGAAUUUCUGUUUAUUUGAAUUAUUCAUCUAAAAGAACAGGCUGCUUUCGGCAGAAGAAUGAACAACAAGCACUGUUAGUGCUUCUCGGAAAGAAUAACUUGGGAAAUCAGCAAUGGAUUUAAACACUGGAAAUCAAAGUAAAUCAAAGAGUUUCACCAACAGGAAAUGAGACUGAACACUUGGAAAGACUUCCUGUCAGUGCAGAUGAGCUCUUGGCUGGCCGACUCAUUCCAUUGUGGUGGGACAAACUGGAUGAUGUCAACGGUCUCUGCUGGGCAGCAAAUGAUGUCAACAUGGAUCUAUUAUUAUGCUAUUAUUAUUGUGUUUAAUGUAUUCUCUGAUCACUUGCUUCUUGA